CGUCAUCUUCUGUUCCCCUCUCGGAGAGAGAGUGGUUGGUAGUGAUGAGGGCGCUGGCGACGAAGAGCUGGGAGGAGUCGAAGCUGCUAUGGCGUCUGGCCUUCCCGGCGGUCCUCACCGAGGUGUUCCAGUUCUCCAUCGGCUUCGUCACGGCCAGCUUCGUGGGGCACAUCGGCGUCGUGGAGCUCGCCGCGGUCACCGUCGUGGAGAGCAUCCUGGAGGGCUUCGCCUACGGAGUCCUGCGCAGUUCGGCAUGGGCUGCGCGCUGGACACGCUGUGCGGGCAGGCGGUGGGCGCCGGGCAGCUGGACCUUCUGGGCGUGUACGUGCAGCAGUCGUGGAUCGUCUGCGGCGCCGCCGCGGUGGCGCUCACGCCGGCGUACGCCUUCGCCACGCCGAUUCUGGGCUCCCUCCUCCGCCAGCCGGCCGCCGUGGCGGAGGCCGCCGGGCCGUACGCGCGGUGGGCGAUCCCGCGGCUGCUCGCGCACGCCGCCAACUUCCCGCUGCAGAAGUUCUUCCAGACCCAGAGCAGGGUGUGGGCCCUGACGGCCAUCACCGGCGCCGCGCUCGCCGUCCACGUCGCGCUCACCUACGUCGCCGUCAACCGGCUCGGGUACGGCCUCCGCGGCGCGGCCGUCGCCGGGAACGUCUCCUACUGGCUCAUCGACGCCGCGCAGUUCGCCUACCUGGUCAGCGGCCGGUUCCCCGACGCGUGGAAGGGGUUCUCCGUUCUCGCGUUCAGGAACCUCGCCGCCUUCGUCAAGAUCUCCCUCGUGUCUGCCGCCAUGAUCUGCUUGGAGUUUUGGUACUACGCCGCAUUGCUCAUUCUUGUGGGUCUGCUCAAGAAUGGCCAGCUCCAGCUUGAUAUCAUGUCAGUCUGCAUCAACUACGAGUUCUGGACCAUGAUGGUGGCGCUGGGCUUCAGCGAAGCAGUCAGCGUCAGGGUGUCCAACGAGCUCGGAGCGAGCAGACCCAAGGAGGCCAAGUUCUCCGUGGCCAUGGCGGCCAUGACAUCCGCGCUCAUUGGGGCCGCCUUCAUGGCCGUCUUCUUCAUCUGGAGAAGAGGUUUGCCGAGGCUCUUCAGCGACGACGAGGAGUUGGUCGACGGAGCGGCGAGGUUGGGGUACCUGCUCGCCGUCACCGUCUUCUUCAGCAGCAUUGGGCCAGUGCUCUCAGGUGUGGCUGUAGGGGCAGGGUGGCAGUUGCAGGUGGCAUUCGUGAACAUCGGUUGCUACUACUUGGUAGGCAUUCCGGUUGGUGUCCUUCUUGGAUUCAAGCUCAAACUUGGCGCACUGGGGGUAUGGACGGGCAUGCUAACAGGCACCUUGCUACAGAUGGCUAUAGUUCUUGUCAUUGUUACGAGAACAGAGUGGGAGAAACAGGCCCUGUUGGCAGCGGCGAGGAUCAAGGAGGUCGGAGGGAAGAAUGAGGACCAGCCGUUGGCCACAGCGGCAUGUAGAGAAGAUGAGCAAAUGGACACUGUAAAUGAUGAAGUUUGUAUGCAGACACGCGAGAGAAAUAUAGAGUUAGAGUGUAAUGAACAGGUAGUAGUAUAGAAGUUCAUCUGUUUUCCCGUGUUUGCACUGAUCACUGAUCAAAGUUGUCAAAUACUCCUACUCCAGUAGCAAGGAAAGAGUAGGUGGCUCGUUUCAUCACUGUCA